AGGAUGUUCGAUUUAGUUGGACCGCGUCGAUAGACGGGGAUGGUUUUGUCGCUUGAAUCCCACUUGUCUUCACCACAUCAAGUUAAGCUAUCUCCAUGAGGGCAAGUGACCGACCUGGAUGCAUCAUAUUCGCAUUUCCAGGCACAAGAUCUUUGCAGGAACCAUGUUCCACAAUUCAGACUCUAGAGGUUACGGGUACUACCAAGGACGGUUGAAGAAUCUGAAACAAUUCAUCCCAAGAGCUUUCACCUCAUGCUAGCUUGGUCCCUUCUUUGUGCUAAUAACUUAUCAAACGCGAACUUGGCGAUUUCGAGUCAGGUACCGUGCGGUUGCUAGAGCUUGAUCAAAUCUAGGAGAAAUUUCCAACUACCAUAUUGUCGCGGAACAGUACGACAGAUCUUCGCGGCUUCUGGUACGGUUGUGUGGCAGUAUUCAUAGCAGUUGGCAGCGAUUUCGACCGUGACAAUGGGCUCACUCGACCUUAUCGUUAUCGGCACCGGGUGGUACGGUUUAGCAGCAGCCAAGACAUAUAUCGAGUUGCAUCCGUUUGACAAUGUCGUGGUCCUCGAGGCCAACUCCUCCAUUGGGGGAGUAUGGGCAGAGGAUCGUCUAUAUCCCGGUCUCAAGUCCAACAACAUGGUGGGCACCUAUGAGUAUCCCGACUUUCCCAUGAACGAAACCUACGGAGUGAAGCAUGGUGAGCACAUUCCGGGUACGGUUCUGCAUCGUUAUCUCAACGAUUAUGCCAAACACUUUGGUUUCUUCGAUCGCAUCCAUUUCAACACAAAAGUCAACUCUGCAGCCCCUACUGAGGAUGGAGGAUGGCUGCUCAAUACGACUUCCUCCGAGUACCCUACCUUUGAGACUAGGAAAUUAAUCCUCGCCACGGGUUUGACGUCACAGCCGUACAUCCCCAAGCUACCCCAUAUGCAGGACUUUCAGGGAUCAUUGUUUCAUGUCAGAGACUUUGCGAAUAACGCAGGGACGCUCAAGGAGGCCAAGAAUGCCGUCGUGGUAGGAGGCGCAAAGUCGGCUUGGGAUGUGGCAUACGCUUAUGCCCAAGCCGGAGUUCCGGUUGAUAUGAUCAUUCGGAAGUCGGGUCGUGGGCCAGUUUGGAUGGCUCCUCCAUAUGUGACGCCGCUGAAGAAGUGGCUCGAGAAGCUUGUACACACUCGAUUUCUGACGUGGCUCAGUCCAUGUGUCUGGGGCGAUGAAGACGGCUAUUCUGGUAUCCGGCACUUCCUCCACGGGACCUUUAUCGGACGUGGCAUCGUCAGCACGUUUUGGAAAAUUUUGGGUAGCGAUGUCAUUUCCCUCAACCAGUACGAUUCGCACCCGGAACUGAAGAAAUUGAAGCCUUGGGAUCCAGCCUUUUACGUGGGAAGUUCAUUGAGUAUUCACAAUUAUCCCACCAGUUUCUUCGACCUCGUGAGAGAGGGCAAGGUUCGAGUCCACAUCGACGAGAUCACAGGCUUCGGACCACAGACAGUCAGCCUGGCAUCAGGUGAAACUCUCAAGGCCGAUGUCGUCGCCCUAGCCACCGGCUGGAGGAAGGAGCCUGCUCUCGAUUUUUUGAAAGGCAGCGAGGCUGAUGUUGGACUGCAUCAUUCACCAUCUGACGUGGAGGAUCUGGCCAAAGAAGCUGACAAGGAAAUCCUUCACCAGUUCCCAGUCCUGAAGACACAGCCCCCUCGAAAGCUUGAGCUUGCGAGCACGUUGGCGGAGAGGCUGAAUGAGCCUCUGCGAAUGUACAGGUUUAUGGUCCCUCCGUCGAUGGUCUCAAGGCGUAACCUUGCAUUUGCCGGCAUGCUGUCUUCGAUUACGACUUCCAUUAUCGCCACUGUACAAGGAAUCUGGAUAUCUGCAUUCUUUGACGGCAAGCUGGACAGGUUGCCUGCUUCAGAAGAUGACAUCCGAUGGCAAACGGUUCUGCAUACUCAGUUUGGUCGAUGGCGGUAUCCAAUUGGCUAUGGUCCGGGCUUUCCAGAUUUUGUCUUCGAUGCUGUUCCCUACGUGGACAUGUUACUGCGUGACCUGAAUUUGAAGUCACACCGAAAGGCUAGCAAGAUGGCUGACAUGUUCGACCCAUACGGCCCUGAAGAUUAUCCCGGCUUGGUCGACGAGUGGAAGGAAGAGCACCUAAAGAGGGCAUAGCACGCAUGGUAGAUAUUGCCAUCCUUUAAUCUUGGUCGUUGUCCCACGAUCAACGCUCAACCAUUUCGAUCAUAUGGACGAUUUGAACCCCGAAACCCAAUUCGUAGAUGGACCGAGUGGCGGUCAAUGGUUGGCCUCGUCGGGAGCUGCCGCAGGGGUCCAUUGUAUUCGUGGCCUUGUAACUAUUUACCUAUUCCUUCCUAAGAAUCCAUAUAUAUCAUCUUCGCCAUGCAA